AUGGGUUCGACUAGGUUGUUGUUUUUGUGCUUGGCAACAACUCUCGUCGUGUUUUCGGUGAAUCUUGAUGUGUCCGAAGCAACUGAGUUUGUCGUCGGAGGAAAACAAAACUCGUGGAGCACCAACGCUCCUAACGAGUUGAAUGCUUGGGCCGAAAAGGAAAGGUUUAAGGUCGGAGACUCGCUAGUGUUCAAAUAUGACGCAAAGGUGGAUUCGGUGCUGCAAGUGGAAGAAGGCGACUACAAGAAAUGCAUCAAAACCAAGCCUAUCAACGAGUACCACGACGGCAACACCUUGAUCAAGCUAAAUGAAUCGGGUGCCUUCUACUUCAUUAGCGGUGCCAAUGGACACUGCGAAAAGGGCCAAAAGCUCGUGAUCCGGGUUUUGUCUCAAAAACAUAGCUCCACCGCACCGGCUCCUUCACUUCCUCCUACAACUACUCCAUCGGCCGCUUCACCUCCUCCGGUGUUCACCCCCGCAGAAGCCCCAAAAGAUAGUUCGGUUGGAUCGAGUGACUUUGCCAUUUCGACCAUGGUCAUGACCACCUUGGUUGCUGCUGCUGCUGCUAUGAUUUAA